AUGCAGAAAGAUUGUCUGGGGAUGGUCUAUAAGGAAGAUGAGGAGGCGAAGAAGCUGAUGAGAAGAGCUGCUGCCCUCCCUCUAGUACCUCGUAACAAAGUGGAUGAUGUGUGGCUUGAUGCCAUUGCUGACUCUCCUGCUGGCCCUAAAGUGACUGCCUUCAGUUGGGUUCAAGGAGGGGCCUUCAUGCCAGAGAUUUGGAACCAUUUCGAAAACCAAUGCCACCGUACCAACAAUCACCUGGAAGGGUGGCACACCAAGAUAAAGAAACUUGCCAAGAAGUGCCACCCGAACAUCUACGAGGUAGUGAAGCUAUUUCAGCGAGAGCAGUCACUCAAAGAGGUUGCAGUCCUGAGACUCUCUCACCAGUGGUCAGAACCUUCACGAAGAAAGAAGUACAAGGCAAUCGAUGCACGUAUUGCGUCCCUCAAGAUCCAACUCCCGAAAAAACACCUGAGUGAGAUGGAAUAUGCUGACCACGUGGGCGACCUUCUUUCAUCUGCAGUAAUGACAUUAAAUCCAUUAUGA